AUUGGCAGGUGCGCGAGCGGUGGCCGCGACUCGGCUCCUUCCCCCCCCCCCCGUGAAUCGUGUGUGCGCGGCCGCCCCUCCACAGCACAGAUUUUCUAUUUUGUACAUUUUGUAUAUACUGUAUAUGAUGACUUCGGUGGGCAGUGACCGUUCUCGGGGAACUCGGGAUAAGACGCAAGCUCAAACACAAGCACAGAUACAGAAACCAGUACAGGCUACAGCAGAACAGAUUCGACUUGCCCAAAUGAUCUACGAUAAGAAUGAUGUAGAUUUUGAAGAGAAAGUCAAACAAUUGAUGGAAGUCACUGGAAAGAACCCAGAUGAGUGUAUAGUUGCACUUCAUGAUUGCAAUGGCGAUAUAAACAGAGCUAUCAACAUACUACUAGAAGGAAAUUCAGAUACGAACUCAUGGGAGACUGUAGGUAAAAAGAAGAGUCUUGGAACAGUGAAGGAUAAUCUGGAAAAUAAGGAAAAAAAUAAGCGUGGAGAUAAAGAAACCAGUCAGGUUCGUGGGAGCUCUACUAGACGGGGAAAAGCAAGUCGUGGGAGGGAAUACAAACUUGAAGAAAAUGGUGUGGACAUCAGCCCUGGUGAUCGGCACUCAGAACGAAGUAGGCGUGCACGUGGCCGAGGAUAUAGUGGGCGUAGUAGAGGUAGGGGAGCAGCAAGAUUUUCAGCGCAAGGAAUGGGAACCUUCAACCCUGCAGACUACCCAGAUUCUACAACUGAUGAGACAUCUGAAAUUUGGGAAUCAGGUCAAAACAAUGGAACGGGUACCUGGCAAAAUUCCAUGGAGGACUGGGUCAGUGAAGACUGGAAUGAAGAUCAGCUUACAGAAACAAAAGUAUUUACAGCCUCCACUGUUGCAGGAGUGGACAACCAAACCAUACUUGGAUCAAGCACUGAUCUAGCAACAUUGCUUCAAAAGCCUUCAACUGGUACUGUAACAGAAAACAACUCGAGUGAAGCACCCCAACAGGCAAACCUCUCUCAGUCACUGGUGUUCACUAAUUCCCAACAUGAUGAUCCAAUUUCAUCGGUGGAAGGAAACUCCAAUGCUGUGAAUUCCUACUCUCAGAAUCUGACACCCAAGUUUGGCGAGCUUACUUCUACAAAGAUUGGUAACUCUUCAGGAUUGCAAUUAGUCGAUCAGUUGAAGCCCGCUGGUUUGGUGGAGGUGCCUCCACCGAGCACAGAACAAAAUAACAAUAAGCAUUCUUGGGAAGCAAAAUCAGCAUCGCAGUCAGCAGUCCUAAAUAAUUUCGAUUUCAAGAUUCAACCUGAUCCUUCACCUGUUUUGCGUCAGAUAACCCAACAACAGCUGCAAUCCUCGGUUCAGCCAGUAUUGGAUUCCUUCUCUUCCCAAAUCAAGUUAAGAGAACCAUUGGUUGAUGGCACUGCUACUAAAGUGAUGCAGUUGUUACCAAGCUCCACAGAUAAUCAGAUAGCCAAUGUACAACAGACACAGCAAAAGCAACUUAAAACACAAAAGCGGAAGAUACCACCUUCUAAAAUUCCUGCAUCUGCUGUUGAAAUGCCAGGAUCCACUGAUGUCUCUGGGUUGAAUGUUCAGUUUGGAGCCUUGGAGUUUGGAUCAGAACCAUCUCUCACUGAAUUUCAAACAGGAAGUACAGAGACCAUCAGUCAAACACAAAACCACUUGUUUUCAAAUUCUGUAAGUGCAGUUGAAGAAUCAACAAAUCCAUCUGCCAUCACCUCUUCCAGUUCAGUGGUUUCCCAGAACACAACAGUGACUUCAACGAUGGAUCAGAAUUCUGUACAUGGAAUGCCAUAUCAAAACUCUUUGGAUACAUCUCCAAAGGAAGCUUCUUUGCAAAACAGCCACAAUGAUCUUGGGGCACAACAGGCACUUGAAGUGCCACAACACUCUUCUAACUUGAACCAGACCAUUGAGUUGCCCAGCAGUUCUCUAUCACAACAUAGCAGCAGUUCCAUGCCAAAUCACCAAACCAGCAGCCUGGUUUCAUCUGUCUCUUCACUGACCACGAGCUCAUCACAUGCACAUACAAAUGUUGACAGCAGUUUGCAGACUUCGACAACCUUCCCCACCUCUUUGACGUUUGCAACAAUUACUACAUCAUCAGUUAAUAUCUCCAGCAGCUUAAGUGCAACUACCAGUAUUGGACUGAAUGUCAGUAGUCCAUCUAUGGCGGCUGCUGUCACAAGAGCAGUUCCUUCUGUAUCUUCAGGGAAGGCUCCACCAAAUCUUCCUCAAGGUGUGCCUCCUAUUUUACACAAUCAGUACAUUGUUGGACCGGGUGGACUGCUGCCUGCGUAUCCAAUUUAUGGCUAUGAUGACCUCCAGGUACUUCAGUCAAGGCUACCAAUGGAUUAUUAUGGAAUGGCAUUCCCUGCUCCAGCCACGGCACUUGCAAGCAGAGAUGGAAAUCUUGCAAAUAAUCCAUACACAGGUGACUUGACGAAGUUUGGCAGGGGUGACUCUGCCUCACCUGCUCCAGCAACAACUUUAACUCAGCCUCAGCAAAAUCAGACGCAAAGUCAUCACACCACUCAACAGGCCUUCUUAAACCCAGCCUUGCCUCCAGGUUACAGUUACACAGGGUUGCCAUAUUAUGCUGGUAUGCCUGGAGUACCCAGCACAUUCCAGUAUGGACCUGCCAUGUUUGUUCCUCCGGCAUCUGCUAAGCAUGGUAUGAAUAUGAAUACGGCUUCAACACCCUUUCAACAGGCAUCCAACUAUGGCCAGCAUGGAUAUGGAGCAGCAGGUUAUGAUGAAAUAAACCAAGGGACAGGAGCUGGAGAUUAUAGCAAAGGUGCCUACAGUGGGUCUUCUCAAGCACAAACCAAAUCAUCCACUGCUGGACCAGGGAAAGGUAUUUCGGUGAACUCCACUAACAUUGGUGUGCCUGACAUGACUGGCUCAGUAUACAAGACUCAGUCUUUUGACAAGCAGGGAUUUCAUGCUGGUACACCCCCUCCAUUCAAUUUGCCGUCAGCUCUUGGAGGAACAGGAACGCUAAAUCCUAGUGCUGCUACAGGGUACGCACCCCCUUUCCUGCACAUUGUGUCAGCUCACCAGCAGGCUCACUCCCAAAUGCUGCACCAUCAUUUGCAGCAGGAUAAUCAGGGUGGUUCUGGGCAGCGGAAUCAACAGAAUGGCAUACCACAGAAGUCUCAGGUUAACAAACCCAACUAUGGUACAUCCCCAUACUGGGGGAAUUAAGUUGAAAGCUGUUGCCCACUCUUCGUAAAACAAGGAAGAAAACUCUGGCCAAAUGUCUGUUGGGGAGAAAGAAAUCUUAACAUACUGUAAAUGUGACAGUUGCUCGCUUUUUAUUUGCUGUUGUAUGUAAUAUAUUUAUGUAUGUAUUUGUAUAUGUAAUAGUAGAGGUUGGAUGUGGUUUCUGCAUUUGAAGCCUAUCUUCACAGGGAAGAUUUAAUGAACACUCCAUCAGCAACUGUGCAUAUUGGUUUAAGCUCCGUGGACUGCACUGUUUAGCAUUUUGAAAAGAAGGCUCCCUUCGUUGAGUUUCAGCUGAACUUCAUAGAAAAUCCCAAGAAGGCAGCAAAACCAUUGUAGAAAUCCAGAUUCUGUGCAUAACAUUAUUAUGUGACUAUCUCUUCAAUUUUGUAUUUGUAUCAAUCUUGUACACUGUUAAUUUGCCUUCCAUCAGACUCUGGAUGAUUUGCAAAAACCUGUUCAUAAGUAGAAACUUUUUUUAAAAUGUUAGUGUCCUAAUAACUUGUAUAUUUAUCCUUGGCGCUAUUUAUUUAAUAUUUCAAUGUGCCCCUGCCACAGUUUAUUGGGUAUCUCUCCCUUUUUAACCAGAGCUAGUAAUUUCAAAGAUCUUCACCUUAAAAAUUAUAUCCAGUGCAGCAGCUCGCUCUUAACACUCUGAGCAAGUUGGGUGAAUAUUUUAAUUUUAUUUACAUUUCUCUCCAACUCAACCUAAUAAAAGCUCUGAGCAAUAA